UUCCGGUUCCGGGUUUCUCGGAGGGCGAGAAGGGCCGUUGCGGCCCGGGAGCAGGGCCAUGGAGAAGCUGCGGCGAGUCCUGAGCGGCCAGGACGACGAGGAGCAGGGCCUGACUGCACAGGUCCUGGACGCCUCGUCCCUCAGUUUCAACACCAGGCUGAAGUGGUUUGCCAUAUGCUUCGCCAGUGGUGUCGUCUUCUCUAUUCUUGGAAUUGGAUUGCUGUGGCUUCCUGGUGGCAUAAAGCUUUUUGCAGUGUUUUAUACCCUUGGAAAUAUUGCUGCCUUAGUCAGUACAUGCUUUUUAAUGGGACCCGUGAAACAACUGAAGAAAAUGUUUGAAACAACGAGAUUGCUUGCAACGAUUGUUAUGCUUUUGUGUUUCAUACUUACCCUGUGCGCUGCUCUUUGGUGGCAUAAGAAGGGGCUGGCCUUAUUAUUCUGCAUAUUGCAGUUCUUGUCUAUGACCUGGUAUAGUCUGUCAUACAUCCCGUAUGCAAGGGAUGCGGUAAUUAAAUGCUGUUCUUCUUUGCCGAGUUAAAAAUCAGAAACUCUUUGAAAAGACCAUUUGAAAGCUGAUGUUCUGUGUUGGGUGCAGUAUCCUUUUCCUGCUACAGUAAUCACUCCAGAAACAACUGCACUCACCAUCUAAGACCAUUUUGUAUACUGAUAAAAACUACAUGCUAAUUACACUGUUAAAUGCUUGUGAUGUUAAAUUCAUUUUGUGUCAUUAAGAUGCUCUUCCAGAGAUAAGGAGAUUUUAAUCAUUGCCACUUGUAAAUGAUUUUUAGCCAGUUUUUAAAUCUUUUCUAAACAGCGUCUGAGAUGUGUAUAUUUAAGGGUAAACCUAUGCUGCAAGAUAUAUUCAGCUUUUUUGGCGGUUUUAAAAUGUCUACAUUUUAAAAAUAUCUUUUUAAAAUAAAAACUUUAAAUGUGAAAAUUUUUAUAAGCUAAAAAUUGCUAAUUAUAUGUAAUAAAAAUAAUAUAUAAAUCUUUAUAAUUUUGAAAUAAACCCACACUUGGGAAAAA